GCCGGAACGACAAACCUGACUAAAGUUUCUCACGGACAAAUUAAACCGUAACAAACACCUAUCGCCGCUGUACGAUCGCUUUAGGGGUGUAUUAUUUGCUGUUUUUUUUUCGCAAUGUCGUUAUAUUCAAAAUACAUCAUAGUAUAACAUGUGAACGGUAACAAUGAACGAAGAAAGCGCCCAGUCCGAAUAUACAAGUAUAGCUCCGUGUAGAGAGCAGUGUGUAUACACCAGCUGUUACUGUGAGGAGAACGUAUGGAAAUUGUGUGAAUAUGUCAAGGAUCAGGGCACUUGCUCGUUGGAUGAAGUGUAUGCGGUCUUUAUAUCUAAUGAAAGAAAAACGAUACCCAUUUGGAAACAAAAAUCCAGUCGAGGGGAUCAACCAGUAAUCUGGGACUACCAUGUUAUACUUCUACACGCUGAUAAACAAGGACAGAGCUUUAUAUAUGAUUUAGACACCAUUCUUCCCUUCCCUUGCCUGUUUGAUGUAUAUUCAAAGGAAGCCUUUCGUUCUGACCAGCAUUUAAAACCUGCUUUCUGGAGGAAGCUUCGCGUCAUACCAGGUGACGCUUACUUGAAGAAGUUUGCUUCUGAUCGGUCACAUAUGAAGGACUCUGAUGGGAAAUGGCGUACGUCGCCCCCACCGUACCCGUGUUUGGAGACAUCAGAAUCUAAAAUGAAUCUCGACGAUUUCAUCUGCAUGGAUGCUCGAACGGGAUACGGAGAGGUUUAUAACCUUUUAGACUUUGUUCAACACUUUAAAAGGAAGUAAUUUUUUUCCCCUCUAUGCCAACAAUUCAUGUUGAAAAACGUACAUGAACUGAGCCUCAGGGAAAGGUCCCAUUUACAUAGCGCUGUGACAAAGCAGGCCUUGAAACACACUUGUUGUCUGUCAAACGCUUUUUUUUUUACCAAUAAAACAGAUCCCAAAUGACGUAGUACAAGGUAAUUCAUAAUUAGGUACAAAAAAAAAUAAAAAAGUGAAAUAAGCAGGAUGUAAAGCUUGUUGAUAAUAUGCACACUUUUAUAAAGAAAUCAGUUACACAGAUGCACGUAUAAUAAAAAUGCAGCAUUCAAAUGAACAA